UCCUGACCUGCGACCUUACCGGCUGGGACCAUGGGAUGCUGCCCGGGAGACUGCCUCAAUUGCUGCUCCCAGGAACAAGACUUCUGUGAGGAGUGUUGCUGCCAGCAGGGCUGCUGCAGCUGCUGCGGCUCCUGCUGCGGUUGCUGUGGCUCCUGCUGUGGCUGCGGAGGCUCUGGCUGCGGAUCUGGCUGCUGCGGGUCUGGCUGCUGCGGAUCUGGCUGCGGGGGCUGCGGAUCUGGCUGCGGGGGCUGCGGGGGCUGUGGAAGCAGCUGCUGUGGCAGCGGGUGCUGCGGCUCGAACAGUUGCGGUUGCUGUGGUCCAGUGUGCUGUCAGCCCUCACCUGUGUGCGAGACGAAAUGA